CGAGAUAUUCAACUUUUUGUUGUGCCGUCCCCAUGGGAGAUUUUUUUCGUUGGGCAAGACGAACACACAACAACACGCACACGUGGCGGCCCGAAAACACGAAAGACGCACGCAAGCACCAUGGGGAAGCCUCAGGGACGGUCCAAGAAGAAGACGUUCGGCCCGCGCGGAGCCGAUGGCCGAGCGGUUUCGAAGAAACCGAAGCCGACGCAGCAACAUGAUCUUCCAUCUCCAGGCGCUGGCGGUGCGCUCUCGGGUGGCCAUGAUGGCGCGAUUUUGAUGGACGUGGACGAGGAGGAAGGUACGGCGGCAGCAGACGCGCAAAACACAAGCGGAAAAGGACGCCGCGGCGGCGCAGGCGUUGGCGGCUUCGCAGGAAUGCCGAACCUUCUCCGUCAGGAGGGCGAAAAGGACAUUCAAGAAGUGGAAGCAGGAAAAGGAGAAGAAGCGGGCCAUGGAGCAGGAGGGAGAGGAAAAAGAGGCCGAGAACGAUGCGUAGUGAUGUGUGUCUUUUAG